AUGCCCACCACCGCUGUGGUAGGCCCCAGUGAGAGACCACCGUUGUGGAUGGCCCGAGUGGGAGCCCGACCCAUGGGCAACCCGGGAACCGGCCGAUGUGGCCGUGUUGACAGCCCGGAUGUUGGGUGUAGCCCUGCCACCCAAACCCAAGCCGCCGUCAGACGACCAAAAUCCAGCCCUCGGGUACCAGGCCGACUCAGUGACGCGGCCGAUUCCCCCAGCCUGCGCCCACCAGACGGUGGCGAAUUCAGGCGAGCGUCACGAUUACGCACAAAUUCCGCCCAUGUCCAUCGGGCGCAACCCAAGCUUCCCGCGGGCGCGCCCUGGUGCCGUGGUCACCGGUCCCAAGGAUGGCCUGUUCGUGCAACCCAGGGACCUCGCGGGGAACCUCGCGCUAGAGGCGUACACUCAAUUGCAGGGUCACCGGGGCGUCACGGUGUCCGACCCAGUGGCGCCCAACUCGACCCGCUGUGUACAUUCAAAGUUUCAUGA